AUGUAUUCUCUUCUCAGAAUCUCUUCGUCGACAGUUCUUGUAGCAACACACGAAGAUAUCUCUUUAUACGACACAAAGUUUUCGUCUCUACAAGCUCGCGCGCCACUGCACCAGAAUCCUACUUCUUCCACGAUUGCCAGCAGAGAUCCACCCAGAGCGAUCUCUCCUGUGUCGGGAUUAGAUGGAAAGCCUAAAGGCCAAAUAUUCCUGACUAGUUAUAUCCAAGACCUCGAUCUGGCGGUCGGAUAUUCCCAGGCGGGAAUCAUUGGUGUGCAGUUGACACGCACAGGUGGAAAAUCUAGUGCUAAAGCUGGAACGAGGAGGAGUGGGCUUCUCAUUGAUAGUCUAUGCCGUGGUGUUGAGAUUGUUGACGUGGGGAUAUCUAAAGGACAAGCGCCUGUUGCCCCAGGACCAAGAAAGCUUGUAUCGAGAUUGGCUUCCGAGAGCAAGGCCGUUAGGAAGGUUAUUAGGGAUUUGAAGGAAGCCAAGAAGGCUGGCGAUCUCCAGGGAUUCGAACAAAUUUUCGCAGAUUACGUGGGGGUUAGCUGGGAGACAGUGGAAACUGAGCUGGGCGAGGGUACUCCUAUGGUCAACGGAACCUCUGAUUUAGAAGUGGUAAAUGAGCUUUCUUCCAUGGGUAAGCCUGUUCCUGGACUUUCUCUUCAACGAGACGGGAGCCAUUUGCCGAGCAUUUAUAAACCCCUCCGCUAUGAGUUUGUGGUGGGUGUGUUGGAUAUGAUAUUUGAAGCUUCCUCAGACCAUAACUCUGCACAAUGCCUCAGUGUAUCCUUUUGUCCUCCGAAUGUAUUCAGAUACCUUAUUGAGUCCGGUAACUUCUCCGAGACACUCAUUAGGUCCUACAGCGGCCUUGUACAGUGCCUGGCAGAAUUCGAUCCUUCGCUGAGGACUCUGGAGUGGAUAUUGGGGGUCGCUGGUGAGAUCGGUCUUGGGGAGGUUAUAAAAGCUAUAAAGAUUGGUCUGGAUCAUGGAAAUGUGAAUAUUUGUGGCGAGGACCAAAUCGUUCUCGAUGUUAUCAGAAGUGAGGUCAUGCGGUUGGCUCUCGUCAGGCUGAACGGCUUUCCAGCAGAAGCGAUUACCAAAGCUCUGAGGACGGGGUUAGGGGGCCAGGACCUGAUGGGUCUUAUACAUCUUUUGCGUAAGGAGCUUCUAUUUGGUCGGAAGCUGCAUGGUGAAGUUGGAAUAGGUAUCGGGAUCGAAGAUAUUGGGAUCAUUGCAGACCUUCUCACCGUUGCUCUUGAUACGGUUGGUAUUGGGGGGUUGGUCUUGGGCAAUAGCAGUGAUGAGUUUAUUCAAGAAUUGCGCAGCGAGGUUACUGCUGUUGUGGAAGGUGCUCAGGAAGCUGCGGCGCUCAAAAGCAUCUUGGAGGAAGUGCUUAGACAUGCGGACUGGAGGAGGGUGACGCUCGAGAAAAAGCAGGCAGAUAAAAAGCAGGCCAAAAAGCGGAAACAGAACCCUAAGGGGGUCAAGGAAAGCGCAAGGGGGGGUGGGAGUCGAGGGGAAGGGGGGCAGAAGAAGGGGAAGGGGGUGGAAGUGAAUGGGCUUCAGAAUGGGGAGGACAAAAUGGAAUCGGCGCUCGGAUACCCUGCAGUGCCUUCGGAAAACACCCCUUCGAAAAACACAGUGGGCGAAUCGGCAGACAAACCGGCAGAGGCAUUCGUCUUUUCGAAACUGCCGCCUGAGGAGGCCGGACCUCAAAAUGAGAUUGGGGGGAUUGUGAUAAAAAGAACAAGAGAGAUACCGGCAAAAAGCGUAUCCGUGGCAAAACACUUGGUGAAUUCUGGACCGAUGAUCAACACAGACACGUCAGUCGUUAGCCCGUUAUUACCUUUAGGCGUUCCGCCGGCGCCAAUUUCGAGGAUUAGUUUGGUAAUGGCGCAACCUGCAGAAAACGGUAUCAAUCUCAAAGAGUUAAGACAGCUUAAUAGAAGGAAGAUUAAGGAGGCUAGUUAUAGGGAGAGCAUGGUUGCUGGAGUUUAUUCGGUUGAAAGUAUGCUUAUCUAG